GGUCCGCAGGCUGGACUGCGCUGCCUGCUGCGCACAAGUAUCCAGAAGCUCCCCAAGUAGUAGCCUACCACUGAUGCGGGCUAUGGCCAAGCAGUAGCAUUCACUGGAAUAGAUGGUAAAGUAGUCUCUGCAGAAGGGAUUCUUCUUCUUCUUUUUCUCUCCCCUGGAGGUGUGAUAUGACAGCCAUGGUGAGCUGUCAGAGUGGCAGAAGCUUACGAAACGGCGACUGGGGCUUCGCUCCUCUGCUGGCUGCUGUGCUGCUCAGUUUUCUGUUUGCAGGGAUGCAGCAAACCACAGCGUUUCCCACCUGGAGGUUAGAGGAAGAAGCUCACAGCACUGUGCUGCUCAUCGGGAUCCGCAAAGAGGCCAGGUCCCAAGUGCUUCACCUGUCCAGGAACAAGCGCUACACCCUCACCCCGGAGAAGCUCAAAUGGGACAAGUUCAAGCUAACAUACAAGUUGCUCUCCUUCCCGACAAAGCUGAUGAAUGCCAGCGACACACGUCGAGGAAUCGCCAAGGCUUUUGGCAUGUGGAGCGACGUCUCGCCGUUCACCUUCAGAGAGGUGCCUGCUGACCAAGAAGCAGACAUCAAGAUCGGCUUCUAUCCCGUCAACCACACAGACUGCUGGCAGUCCCACUUGCACCAUUGUUUCGACGGCACCACGGGAGAACUGGCUCAUGCAUUCUUCCCGCCAACAGGCGAGAUCCACUUUGACGACGACGAAUAUUGGAUUCUGGGAAACAUGCGCUUCAGCUGGAAGCAAGGAUUUUGGCUGACAGAUCUCGUCCAUGUGGCGGCUCACGAAAUCGGCCACGUCCUGGGACUCAUGCACUCCAUGGACUCGAAAGCUUUAAUGCACCUGAAUGCAACUAUGACAGGGCGCAAGCUAAUCACACAGGAUGAGGUGUGGGGUGUGCACCGUCUCUACGGAUGUUUGGAUCGUCUAUUCAUCUGUCCUGCCUGGGCUCGGAAAGGCUAUUGCGAGAGCAAGCGCAAACUGAUGCAGAAGCACUGCCCCUCCAGCUGUGAUUUCUGUUAUGAAUUCCCUUUCCCCACCGUGGCUCCCACCCCAACUCCCCCAAGAACCAAACACAAGCUGGUCGUCGAGGGCAAGAAGCUCACAUUUCGUUGUGGGAAGAAAAUAGCAUCAAAGAAAGGCAAAGUACACUGGUACAAGGAUGGGGAGCUGCUGGAGUUCUCGCACCCGAACUACAUCUCACUGAAAGAUGACCAUCUUAUUAUAGUGGCCAACGCCAUCAACGAAGGCACAUACACCUGCAUCGUGAAGAAAAAGGACAAAAUUCUCACUAACUACUCGUGGAGGGUACGCGUGCGCUUCUGAAGAACACCCCGAACCCCUCUGCACACUGAACAGGACAUAUUCAUAUAAAUGGUCACCAAGAGACCUCACUCACUCACUAGGGCACAUACUAGUAUUAUUAUUAUUAUUAUUUUUAUAAUGUCCUUCCUGUAUCCACGUAGAAUUGUUGGCUAUUAUUGUGUAAAUGCGUUUUCAUCUGUGCAAAGA